AUGGCCUUGAGAGAAGUUCAAACUGCACUCGAUCAAGUACAAAUACUCGAACAUGUCAUAGGUUAUAUAUGUAUGACAUCGAAUGGUGUUCCUAUUCGAACAACAUUUGAUGAUGAAUAUACAAAAAAUUUAGUCGCACAAUUACAACCAUUUCUUGAACGUAUUAAACGAACAAUUAAUCAUAUUGGUUUCAAGGAAGUUAUUGAAUUACGUUUAAAAACAAAUAAAUUUGAAUAUCUUUUACGAACUGAUAAUUUAUGUACUUUCAUUGUUGUUCAACGAUAUGAAAAAAUUCCGAAUGAAAUUGAUGAAUAA